UAUUAACAGGAGCCAUUACGACAUGAAAUGUGGGUCAAACCGUGUCUUUGUCAAGAGCCUGAAAAUCCAUUUGAACAGGCUGAUGAGUGCAUCUUACCUGAAAUCAGACUUGAAAUGAUGAGAGGAAGAAUCAGCAUCUGCAGGAUUCUCAGCAGCAGCUCUCCAGGAAACAUUAAGUAUCUGACAUCCCUGUCUGACAUGUGAAUGGGUCGUAGAGCAAAGCCCAGACCAAUUCCUCGAAGAAGCAGAAGCACAGGCUGGUCAGUUAUUGUGUUUGUCAUAAGGCAGAGUUUUAAAAAAUAUAUAUAUAACAGAGCCUCUUCAAUGAGAAGUGAUAGAGAAUAAGAAUGUUAAUAUAAAGCAGCAGGUCCCAACCUGUCUUAUAAAACAGAUCAACGGUGGAUUAAAGUAGAAUUUCCACAGUGAAGUAUGUUUGAUGAUCACUUACCUGAGAGAACAGCUGUAACUGUGAGAAUAACAAAAGUGUUUCUCUUCAGGAACGCCACAAUAUUACAUCUGUGGUAUGUUUGAAUUUCCUGAGGUUCUGCAACUUCUACUGAGGUCAACUCAGACUGAAGACAAUCUGUUUCCAUCUCUUUGGUUGUUGGUCCUCAAAGACUGUGAAGAACGACAGAGACAAGUGUUUGUUGUCUCUAUAGGACAACAGGACUUAUGUGAAUAAUUCUCCAGGAUGCAAUUAUGAAAAUGAACUUGUAGUUAAAUAAAGACACCAACAAGUGACAAAUCAAUAACAUGACAGAAGUAACUAAAGAGAAAUAAUAAAGGUGAACUUCUCACAUUUGGUUGGUACUUAAAUAACUCAAAUAAACAAUUAAAUGAAUAAAUACAUGUUGUAAAAAUCACCUUUUGAUUUGUUAGUCCUUGUAAUGCAUAAAGUCCAGUCAGCAGUAAGUCAAAGUAAUCAAUAGGUCGGAAAGUCCAGUUGUUCUUCUCUUGGCUGAUUUCAAACAAAUUCACUUCACUACAUUAAUCAUCAACUUUGUGUCUUUGGCAAAUGGUUAAUUUAUUCAUUUUACUCUCUUUUCUUUAGCCUAUAGAUUUUAUUUCUAUAAAAUGUGUAUUUUACUAUUAUUAUAACUAAUCACAAAGUUGCCACACCUUGUUAAAGUUGAAUAAUGUGGCUUUAGUCUGUCGGAAAAUAAUUCAAACAGAUACUCUGUGAUUAUAAGUAAGUCCUGAAAGCUUGACGUACACAGCCUUAUUAGUUCUGGGUUGGGUACAAAGGUUCUAGGUCACUGAGGUGUUAAGUCAACUGUGUCCUUAAAACACUGAGUCUCAUGAGGACAAUAUGACAAAGGUGGAGGACGGUGGAGCUAAUCAGGGAGAUUUUAAGUAUCUUAGUGCAACUUGAGUCUGUUUAAGUUACAGAGUCAGCUUACGUUAUAGUUACAAAUCUACAAGUGACAGGAAUCCCAUCAGGACAUACAGGAAAAUCCCUUGAAAUGGUGCAAACUGGGCUGAGGAUCUGAUAUAGAUGAUUGUGAAAUGGAAACUAUCUAAUGUCACUAUCAAAUCAAAUUUGACUCUCAGGCAUCAACCCAGGGGUAGUUUGAGAUGUGUUUUUUGGAGUCAGUGGAAACCAAUAGAUAAAACAAACACACAAACCAAUGGACAGGGGCUAAAACACAAUCUUCUUUGCAGAGCCUUCGACUCCCCUCAUCCCUGCAGGACUGAAUAACGUCUAUUUGAAGAGAGCUGUGGCGUUUCUCAUGAAUCAAAUGUUUGGGGACAAGUUGAAGAGUUUCAUCAGAGGAGGAAGAGGAAGAUGACGAAGAAGCAGCAACACGUGGGAAGGAAAGCCCAGAAUCCAAAGUCAUAUCCAGGGAGGAGUUUGAGGUGUACCAGAGGAAGCUGGUGGAAGAAAAGAGAUGGUGACGAACAAAAGGCCAACGGAGAAGACCUUCAUCACUCUGAGAAGCAGGUCCAGCUCGACCCGUAUGGGCACCUUCCAGAACUGGGCGACAGCUCCCAGCAUUCCUCCUAUCAUGAAUCUGACCUUUUCUCAGGUGACAAGUGUGAUGGAGAAAUGAGCGACCUGCAGAAGAGCGUGGACGAUGGCGAGGAGUCUCCGGAGACCCUGAAAGAGGAGGAGCACACUAAGAAGAAACACAGAAGAAAUCGCACCACCUUCACCACCUAUCAGCUUCAUGAGCUGGAGCGAGCCUUCGAGAAGUCCCACUACCCGGACGUCUACAGCCGCGAGGAGCUGGCGAUGAAGGUCAACUUGCCCGAGGUCCGAGUCCAGGUGUGGUUCCAGAACCGAAGGGCCAAGUGGCGACGUCAAGAAAAGAUGGACACGAGCACCAUGAAGCUUCACGACUCCCCCAUGCUCUCCUUCAGUCGCCCCUCCAUGCCUCCCAACGUUGGUCCCGUGGGCAACACGAUGCCCCUGGAUCCCUGGCUGACCUCACCCAUGUCCAGUGCCACGCCCAUGCAUAGCAUCCCGGGGUUUAUGGGCUCACCGCAGGGCUUGCAGCCCGCCUAUCAGAGCCAUGGCUUUCUCAACAACCCAUCUGGCAUGGUUCAAGGUAUGCAGCCCAUGGGCCCACCUGCUUACCAGUGCCCUCCCAGCUUCAACGAUAAAUACCCAAUGGAGGAUGACAGGAGUACCAGCAUCGCAGCACUCAGGAUGAAGGCCAAAGAGCACAUUCAGUCGAUGGAUAAAACCUGGCAGCACAUGUGAUGUGGCGCGGCACUAUGGACGGUUUUCUGAGCUGCUCCCGUGAAUGUUUACAAACUGCUUUUCAACAAUUAGUUUCAUGUACUGAUGAAGAGGAUACAGUACAUGACCCCAAAGGCGUUUGAGAGGCUGCUAUUUUUUUUUUUUUAAAACGAGGCUAAUAAGCAACUCUCAAAUUGGACUUGUUGUGAUUUUUGGGGUUUUAAAAAUUCACUUUAAAAAAGUUAUUAAUUUUGACCAAACAAGGUUUUUGGUCUCAAGGAAUAAUGAUCAAAUCUCUGGUGGUCAUUACUUUGGUUGAGCACUAGAUGUUUGGGAAUAUUCUUUUUUUUUGGAGUGAGAGGAAAUCUUCAACGUGAAUGUUUUGACACUUUCAAUUAGUGUCCUUGUUAAUUUUGUAUAUUUCUGACCAGUUUCAGACAUUUUACUGAAACAAUGAAAUACACUAUAGUAUAUGAGAGACUUAGCAGAGCCAUGUGGUCAGUAUUAGCAACAUUUUCCCAUUUAGAGUUAUUACUUUACAGAUUUCAAAACAUUUAUAUACGUGUGCUGUCUUAAUCCAGUGGCGUUCUGACCUUUUUGUUGAAAUAUACUUUAGAAUUUCUGAACCUAACUCUCACUACAGGUACCUGAGUGUAAGAUCUUCCUGUUUCCCUGAAGUGAUAACAUGAGGUUUACAUAAAUGGCCACUGAACUGCACUUUCAGGGUGUUUGUUGGUAUCUAAAUCCUCAAGAAAUAGUUACUGUUGGUAUAAACUUGUUUUUUUCCCCAUGUAUAUCUGAUUGUUUGGCUUUUUCACUUUGUCCAUUUAAUUUAAAUUUUUUACUGUACUUUCGUAUGAUAAAAAGUUUCAUCUCUUUAUUGUAUUUUGGGUUAAAAAGCAACCUGAUUACUUUUUUUAAAGCAUUAAAAUGGCCUUUUGGAGAGCAAGGAGUUUGAAUGGGGGAGGUUAUCGGAAGUCAGAGAGCAUAAUCUGGUUCGAGGGCUAAUUUAAACAGACAAGCAUACCUCUUAACACCUAAUUACUGCUUUUAAAGCGAUUAACCCCGGAUUUUCAGCCAUAGACAGCAUGCCCUCAGAUGCCCCUGAAAACCCCUUUAAAAGACCUGAUUAACCCCCCCUCAAACUUGCUCGUUUAUUUUAUUUCUAAUUUACAGAUACAUCACUACUACUACGGUCUUGGUCUUCAUCCUUAUUGGUAAAGGAUGCUUCUUAUUACAUUGUUGAUACAAUAGUCACUUGAGUCAAAUGGAUUUCAGUUGAGAAAGUUAAUGGAUGCUGGCAGCCCCUCGUACCUCUUGGAAAUAGCACAGUUAAAAAAACUGUUGGACCACAAAUGGGAGGAGAUGACAACGUGUUUCUUUUUUAUGUUUAUGCAUUAAGCUGAUGUCGAAGGCUGCUGUGUUAGCAAAACAACCUUUUUCAUGAUUAGGAUUUCUUCUGUGGUUCUAAAUCAAUAAAUCAAAUUACAUUUUGUUCCAUGGACUCGAGGGAAAAGAUCUUGCUAAGCGUCUCCCCCAUCCCUUUAUCAAAAUGUGUCAUGACGUUAAGUUGAUCAAUACCUGAAUCAAUACGACUCCAUCGAUAACACUGUCCUCAAUUGUCUGCAUAGCACAGCCUUUAGAAAUGGCAUCAUCCACAGUUGUAUAGGUUUUGCUGUUUGUUUUGUUCUAAUCCCUGUUCACACCGGUGGACGAAAAGGCCAAAGAAAUAAGAAGGAACUUUUCUUUUUACUAGCAAAAACAUUUAUGAAUAUUUGUGGAUGAUUGUUAUUUUUUCAUCCAUUUUCAGUAUCAUUGUAUACUAAUUUCUAGUUCUUCCAGGUUUUUAAA